AAACAAGAGACGAAUACUGCGGAAUUUCGUUGCUGUCGCGUUGCCCUACUCGACCCGGUACCCAGGAUGGCUUCGAAUAUUCUGCAACUGCCAUUUCGGCGCACCCAUACCAUAUCCCUCGCCGAUGCCAUCACACAAUAUAUCUCUUCUAAAUAUGACCAGCGACCUGAUAUGUUCGCCGAUGACCUGAUGGUCCUGGAUCGCUUGCGCACAGAGGCCGUCAAUGUCCAGGAGCCCCAUGUCAGCGGUAUCAGUCGGCUGGUCACCUACGCCGCUCAGCUGAAAUGGCUGGGUGGAAAAUUUCCGAUCGACGUUGGUGUGGACUUUUCGUGGUAUCCGGCGUUUGGAUUCAAUACGUCUAGACCGGUCUCACAGAAUAAUCUCCGUUUCGAGCUCGCGAACGUCUUGUUCAACCUUGCCGCGCUUUAUUCACAGCUUGCUUAUUCCUUGAAUCGAACGACUUCCGACGGGCUGAAACAAGCAUGCAACUACUUCUGCCAGGCGGCUGGUGUCCUGGCACAUCUCCGUACCGACAUAGUCCCCGAUCUACGCUCUUCGCCGCCCGAAGAUAUGGACGAGAUGACGCUGCAGAGUUUGGAAUCCCUGAUGCUCGCGCAGGCACAGGAAUGUUUCUGGCAGAAGGCAGUCAAGGACGGGCUGAAAGAUGCUUCCAUUGCCCGCUUGGCUGCGAAGGUGUCCGAUUUCUAUGCCGAGGCUGGUGAUUAUGCGAUCAAAUCGAAUGCGAUCAGCACGGACUGGAUCCACCAUAUGACGGCCAAGCAUCAUCACUUUGCAGCUGCAGCUCAGUAUCGGCAAUCACUCGACUGCUUGGAUAAGCGGAAAUAUGGCGAGGAAGUCGCGCGGUUGCGAGAUAGUUUGACAUGUGUCAAUGAGGCUCUUAAGGAGUCUCGCUGGAUCAAUCGAGUCGUCCUUGGCGACUUGAACGGGCUCAAGAGUCGUGUCGCGGAGGAUCUGAAGCGAGCAGAGAAAGACAACGAUGUCAUUUAUCUACAGCCUGUCCCACCGAAAUCGGAACUCAAGUCGAUUGAUCGCGCAUCCAUGGUGGCUUCAAAGGCACCACCUCAGGUUACUGAUGCUAUAUCCAUGCUCGGAGAGAAGGGGCCAUUGGGUCAGCCUCUGUUGGUCAAACUUGUUCCAUAUGCCGUUCACGUCGCUGCCAGCAUAUAUUCGGAUCGUCGUGACCGGUUGGUCAAUGAAAAGAUCGUUGGAGAGCUGGAGUCAAUGACGGAUAAGUUGCGAGAUCUCCUACAAUCCUUGAACCUACCGGGUUCUCUUCAAGCACUGGAAAGGCCUCUGGGUCUGCCUCCCGCUCUAGUAUCGCAUGCCGAAGAACUACGGCAGCAGGAUGGGCUGUACCGUCUGCGCCGGUCUCUGGAAGACGUAGAGAAAGUCAAAGCAAAUGACCGCGCCGUCUAUAAUGAGGGCGUCGAGUUCUUAUCUGCGGAAAAGGCCGAGGACGACGCCGCCCGUGCUAAAUAUGGCACGGAUCGUUGGACCAGACCAUCGUCAGAGGUUGCUGGCGAAAAUCUCUACACAACAGCCAGCGAGAUCGCUGGGUAUUUCAAGUCGGCACAGAGUACUGACGAUCUUGUUCAGGGCAAGCUGAGGGACUCAGAGGCGGUCUUGAGAGUGCUCACAGGAACUAAUAGGGAUUUGGAGGCAUAUGUUCCAAGCAGCCGCAGGGCGGAUAUCACGCCACAGGUAGAGCAGGAAUCGAGCAGGCUGAGGAGCUGCUUGAACGAGGUUAGUCGUCUAGAGAAUAGGAGGAAACGAAAGAUCGAAGCCGUCAAGGAUAAGGCUCGGACCGAUGACAUCAAUCAAGCAUUACUCAAGGAAACAGCCCGCCUCGAGCGAGAGUUCCCCAUGCAGCCCAUCGAAGCCAGCCAAUUCGAGAAUUUGUUCGAAGAGAGGCUCCAUCUCUACGACUCUGAUCUCGAGAUGCUGGAGCAGGAGCAGAACGAGCAAGAUCAGAUCGCCGCUCGAGUGCGUGAGGCGAAUCGGGCCUUCACCAAGGCUCGCAAAGGUGACUCGUCAACCAAGGACAGAGAAAAGGCCCUCCAGGAACUGGAAAACGGCUACCUGAAGUACAAGGAGAUUAUAUCCAACACCGAGGUUGGAAGGAAGUUCUACAACGACCUAGCCAAGAUCGUAGGACGAUUCAGAGAGGACACCAAAGCCUUCAUCCACCAGCGGAGAAUGGAAGCAAGCCAGUUAGAAUCCGACAUCACCAACGCAGCAGCAAUGGCCUCUCUGAAUAUAUCCCAACCCAGUUUCCGCCCUCAGCACCAACUCCCAACAAACCACCACCCAUCACCUUACACCCAACCUCCUCCUGAACCUCAACUCCAACAAAAACCCACACCACAGCCCCAGCCACAACUACAACCCCUCCCCUCCCGACCCGUCAUGACAGGAGAACCGCUAACGGCUCCCCAACCAACUCGCGCAUCAGCCGUUCCUCCCCCCGUUGCAACAUCGGGAAUCUGGUCUCCCGAAAUGGGAAUCCGAUUCGGCGGAGGACCGACCCCAGCAUCAGCAGCUCCUUCGUCGACCCAGCCUCAAACACCGGGAAGUGCUCCGAUGCAAGGGAAAUGGGAUCCAAGUCGUGGCGUGCGGUUUUCGUAAAUUACUUCUUUUUUUUUGGAUUCGUUUUCGUCAGGCUCACAUAAUAAAAGCGGAAUGUUCUUUU